CAGCGUCUUCUUCGCAAAGCCAAUGCUGAUGAGGAAAAGAAUUUAAAGAAACUUCAGAAAUUGAAUUCCAGCAUGAAGAUGCCACGAAUGACGGAAAGAGAGAGAGAGGAGCAAUGGAUGGUUGAACUGAGUCAAGGUUUAGAUGAGGCUUCAUCAUCUGAUGAUGAUGAUGCCAUUGAUGACAUUCCUGUGAAUGUCAGACCUCCAGCAAGAAAGACUAACAAGCAAAGAAGGAAGGAGAGGCUCAUUAGGAAAACAGCAUUGCUUCAUAAGGCAAUGAAAAGGGAGAAGAUGAGAAUGAGUGAUGUGUACAGAAUUAAGUCAUUGAAGAAAGAGAUCGCUGCUAAGGAGCACAUGGUAAAGGAAAAGAUGUUGAAGAGAUUGCAUCAAAAGCAAAGCAAACUUACUGCAACAAGACGCAUUGGAAAAUACAAGUAUGAGAAACCUCCUGUUGAUGUUCAGCUCUCAUCAGAGCUUUGUGGCUCAUUGAGAUUAUUACAGGGAAGAGGUGACUUUAUUACUGACAGAUACAAGAGCCUCCAAAAGAGGAACAUGGUUGAGCCCAAAGGCCCUCCUAUGAAAUCAAGGUAUAGGAAGCAUCCAAGAGUUAAAUGGACUGAAAGCAGGUCAUAUGAAUUAAGAACUUUGUAAGGAUUGUCAUUAAAUUAAUUUUUUGAUGAUGUGAGUUAAUUAAAGUAGGCUUGUCA